UCAUUGGUGUGUUUCAUCCCAAGAUCUUGGGAGACAACUUUCAUCCAAAGGAUCAGGGAUUUCGACAAUGUGCAUCUUGUCAUAUCAGCAUGGGCACGUCGUACUCAACAUUCAAUGAAGCAUGCAAACCGAGUUGGAAAUAUGCCACUUGGAGAGCACGACAGAAUUUUCGUGAUCAUGUACUCCGACGAUGGCGAUUAUCAUCGCAACACGAUCAGCGUCCAUGACUUCGAUGCAACACUUUCUGGUGAUUUGGUGAAGGGAGAGACUUCAUCGUCCACUUCAUUUGAGCCACCUCGACGUAUGAGACAAGGCAAGGAGAGGGUGUUUAGCGAGAAAUUUGAGGAGAAGUCGUUUGCCAUGACGAAGUGGAAAAUGGCAGGGAUGGAGCCUAGAGAGAAAAAUAUGUAUGAGGGGAUGGAAAGGGAACCGAACAAAAUGGUGGAGAUGUUAGAGCAUUUUUGUCCCGAGGAUCAGGCAGUGCUUUUCUUAGGAAAGAGUCAUGCUGCUACCGUGUGGGAGCUAUUAAAAAAUCGUGGUGAUGCGGUAUAUGCAAGGCGAAAAAGAAAAGAUGAGAUUUUGUUAAGAGGUUACCACAAGGCACGUCCUGAGGCAGAGGUGCUAUUUAUCGACCGCUUGGAGCAAAUGUACUUCAAUGACAAUGUCGGCGUAUUCGACAUGAAUGCGUAUGCCACAUGCUUCGAUGAGGGGCAACGUCUUUGCCAAGAUGAUUUUGACGAGGAAAGUGACAAUGAUACAUUGGGAGCUGCUUUGGUAAGUGAGUUACAAUGCUGGCAUGACUCGACGUCAACUUCUGUAGUUACAGAACAACUAACGGCUGCUCAAGAUGGUGUCUUGUCAACACACGAGACAUCAACGCGACUUUUCAAGCAACCUUCAAUGGUGGAUCCAUCACAUGCCAAUUUUCAGGCUGGCUUGCAAUUUGUUGCCCCUAUAGAGAGUAUGGGAUCAAUAACGCCAACUGCAGUUUCUCUUCCACCUGCAUCCGCCUCAUCUCAGAACUUGUCAGCGGAAGCAUUAGCCAAUGCGUUAGGACAACUGCUUCCUAAUAUUGAUGAACUCUUGCUUCAAAAUGUCUCACAAAUGAUUCGUUCUCAAACGGUUCAUGUUCAACGCAAUGCACCUAUAAGCGUGAACAAAGAGGUUGAUACGAAUGAAGGACAUGGAGAGGGGGAAGAAAAUGAGAAGAGAGGGGAUGACGAAAAUAGAAGGGUUGGGGAGGAAAGAGGGAUGGAGAAUGGCAAUAAUAAGAUAAAAGAUGAGGACAGGAUGCCACAAGCAAACUGUGAGAUGGAAGUAGACACUCUUGGAGGAAAUGUUGACAAUUUGCAAUGCAAGAUUGUGUUACAAGGAACGUCACCAUCUAAUGCGAGAAACAUCACCAACAAGGAAGAUGUUGAAACCUUUCCAGCGAAUCGGGAGUGUGUUUCUCCUUUGUUGGCUCCGCAUGCUGCAUUGACCUCAGAACUCCACCACUCAAGGGAAGAAGAUGCUGGACAUUUAGUGUUGCAAGGGAACGGACAUGCGAAGGGAACACAAAACGACUCCAAUAGUGAAGGUAAGCUUGAAAUAUAAAAAAAAAUUACCACCUUCAUACAAUGUUCUCUCUAGAUUUUUCUUGACCAUGAAUAAAGGGUAUUGUUCGAA